AUUACAUGUCACAAAUUUCCAAUCACAUUCUAAAAAUAGAAAAUGAAAAAAGAGCCAAUGGUGCACAUUAUGUGUAAACAACUCACAAAGAUAGCAAAUAUGCCAAGUAAGUGAUCAUGUCCUCACAAAGGUAGCAGAAGAAGUGAAUCUAAACAAAGAAUAUGAAAUUGAAAACCACCCACCCUAUUCAGCUACCUACUACUAAAGUGGACCAAAAUCUCAUAAUGGUUCAGCUCCAGCCUCUUGCACAUAACAUUUAGAGGAAGCAUCAGAUAGGAGGAAGAAGAGGGAGAGAGUAUUUUGCUUGGGACAUUCAUCUCCAGAGAUAUCACUCAGCAAAAAGAAAAGAAAGACCUUUCUUAGUUUUGAAGCUGCUGGGCUUGCAAUAAUUUGAAUAGUGGCAUUGUUGGAUAACUGGAUGGCUGACACAACCCCCAUUUACCCUGCCUUCUUCAGAAUCUUCCUUUCAGAGCUCCACCCUGAAAGAAUGGAAGUUCCACCAGAAUUUCUGAAGUAUUUGGAAGAAGACUUUUCAACAAAUGUGAUUCUUAUAGGUUCAUCCGGUUACCGGUGGCAAGUGACCAUUUUCAAGGAUGAGAAGGUAUAUAUGCAAAAUGGUUGGCCACAGGUUCUUGCAGACAACUCAGUGAAGUCGCAGGACUUGUUGCUUUUUACAUAUAAUGGACAGAACCGAUUCCUAGUGCAAUUUUUCAGUAGCAAUGGAUGUGAGAGACAAUGCACUAAAAAAAUAAAACAUGAAGAAGCUGCCACCCCAAUCUUGGAGCAGAAAAGAAAGAGGGGAAGACCAAGAAAAGAAAAGGGACUCCCAACCAAUUUCGUCAACCAGAUGAAAGAAUGCCAUAUCAGCAAAGAAUGUAAAAGGAACUCCCAACCAGCAAAUAAGUAUCCUGACUUCUUCAAAGUUUUCCUCCCGAAACAACACUCUGAAAGAAUGCUUAUACCAAACGCUUUCAUGAUGUUGGCACGCCAACAAGGAUGGGAACCCAGGGAUCUCAUCCUUAAGAAUCUUCAUGGGAAAGUUUGGGAAGUCAAAGCACUUCCAAUCAACAGUCAAAUGUAUUUUGAUGAUGGAUGGAUGCAGUUUCGAGAAGAUAAUUGUUUAAAGGCUGCGGACUUUGUCUUUUUUACACAUGUUGGAGGUAAUGUGUUUAACUUUAAGAUCUGUGAAUCAACAGGGUGUGAAAAGACUAAGGUAAAUGUUAGUGGAGAACAAGAAAAGGAAAGGGAUGAUGUGAUAGAGCUGGAUGAGGAAGAAAAGGAAAGGGAUGAUGUGAUAGUGCUGGAUGAGGAGGAAGAAGAAGAAGAUGAUGAUGAUGAUGAUGAUGAUGAUGAUGAUGAUGAGGAUGAAGAUGAGGAGGAGGGGGAGGAAGAAGAAGAAGAAGAAUGCAAAGCAACCAUGAGGAGAAAAUCUCCUGGUAAAGCCUGCAAAGUCAACUUGAGCAGGGAGAAGGGAGGCAGUUCUGGGACCAAAGCUGAAGAUGCAGAUAUUGAUGUAGAAAUGUAUAUUCAGCCGGAUAAUCCCUACUUCAUUAAUAAACCAUGGAAAACCAAACCCAACGAUCUGCAUAUUCCAUAUACAAUCCUCAAGGACUUCUCCCCUAGGUUUGGAAAAAAAAUCACCCUUGUAUGUUGCCAGUGCCAGAAUACUCAAAGAAAUGAACUGCAAAACUACCAUCUCAGCUUGCAUCAACAACAGACACCCAUCAAUAGAUUUCGCACAGAAAAGGGAGAAGUAACUAGGUGGAAAGAUGGGCGAGUGUGUGUCAAAGGAUGGUUAUCUUUUCGCAGAAAGAACAAGAUCAAAGAAAAUGAUGCAUGCAUCUGUGAAAUUGUGUGGCAGGAAGAUCAAGAAAUAGAAAUGAUACGGGUCCAUGUAGCUAAGAAGAAAGUAUCAAAUUAGAUGUGAACUUGCGAACUUGUUUAUUAUUAAUUUCAAACUGAAAAAUAUCAUUAUGAGUUGUUGAUGAUUACAAAACAUAACAAGUGUAUCAAAGUUAUGGUUUGCUGAUGUUUGGCAUGAAUUUGUGGUCAACUACUCUAUUAGUGCAAGAUGUUUUCUUGUCUUCAAAUAGGAGGGAGACUCAAUUUUCAAUAUCAGCAUAUAUUCACUUUGGCAGCUUAUGAGAUAGAUUAUAGAGAGAAGGCAGUAGGAAAGGAGAAGCAAUACCCAGUUUCACAUGUCAUGAAAUUGAAAAUGAUUCUAGCCCUCCAUGCCCAACUUUUACUUUGAAGAGCUUGUCCAAUGAUACUUCUAGGCAUGAUUCCUUGUAACCUACAUUAACCCAAAUGCAGGUGCUUAAUGGAAAUUAAAGAACUUAAAAAAACAAAAACAAAAGAGCUGGCAGUUUUGCUGUAUGUGGAUAUGCAAGGAUAUUGAGUUUGAAUUAUCUAUUUUCAUUAAUUUUUGUAUGCUUGAU